AUGGCGAGUUGGUUCAGAACAGGAGUGACCAGUCCUGGUCCGGCUGCUUACAGUAUUAGGCGAGACUUCGAUCCUCGAGGGGCUCGCAUAGAGAACGAGCUGAGACCCUCAACCAAUCCCUUGCUGUCUUCGAGGUCCACGACUGUCAAUCUUUUGAAUAGGAGCCAAAGCCCUGUUAACCUGACGCACACUGAGAGGAAAUCACCUGGGCAUAAAGAUCUUUCUCUCAAAAGGACUACUAAAGGCUCUUUACUCCCUUCUCCUUGGUCAGAAACAUAUCGCAGCACGUCGCCUCCUGCAAAGGAGAUUACGUAUUCACUUAACAUGCGUCGCAGCCCGGUAACCCAAGUAGUAUAUAACGUCACGCCUUGCCGGCAGGCACACAGCAGAGCUGCUUCUCCUCUAUACCGCUCUGGAUCCCUUAGCAUUCCCCACAUACGCUCUCAAUCACCACCUCAAGCAUCUCGGUUUGCCCUCACUACGCAGAGAACACAGCCAACCCUUUCCACCUCUUCUGGCCGUCUUUCAAAGCCCUGCACGGGUCCCGCCUUUUCGAUCAAGGGCCGGGAGAUCAUGUGGCAAGAGGCAUGGGGACUCAUGCUGAGUGCAGCAGCUAGCCAUCGGUAG